GAGUACCGUCAACAUGUCAAAAGAAGACGAUAUCGAAAAGAACCUCCCAGAGAGCUCACGAGCAUCACUGGACGACGACGGCCAAUCCAGCUCCUCAACACUCCUGGAAAAGCCAUCUCAGAACAAGACUCCAGAAGAAGCCGGAAUCAAAUUACCAGCCGAAGACGCCACCGCAGAUGAAGUUCGAGCAUACCUUGUCGACAUCUUGACACUAUCCCAUGGCCUCCAGCACGCAGAGGCCCGUCAAAUCGCCUCAGCAUGGCUCGCAGGCACGGGUCGCGAACUCCGCAAAUACCCCGGGAAAAUGUACCACGAGAUUUUCGGUGCGCAAGCGGGAUGGAUGUUGUACAAAGAAAUCAAGAUCGCAGUCGUGAAAGAGGGCUAUGAACAGAAUCCGGCGAGGACUUGGGCUGGCAAGCUCUCCCUAUGUUCGGCUAUUAUAGGGGCAAUGGUUGCUGUCACUUCCCUUGGAGUUUUACUUGGGCCUGUGAUGUGGGCGAUUUCGAUUCCUUUGUACUUUUGUGGGCUUGUGGGUCUUCUCUGUGUUUUGCUUGAGACUAGACGGGCGCCGGAGGAUGUUGCGGAGAGGGAGCUGGUUGAAAUUUGGGAUUCGCAAAGGGAGGUUGGUGGUCAGGGUAGUAAGUAGGUCGGAAAUUGGGAACUGGCAAUUGGAAUC